AUGCGCAAGACGAAGAAGAAGAAGGAGAAGAAGGAGAAGAAGGGCAAGAAGGGCAAGAAGGAGGCCGUCGCCGAGGACGCGGCGGAGGAGGAGGAGGCGUUCGCGGCGCCGACGGCCGCCGCGGACGCGGACGACGGCCUGACGCUCGAGGAGCGGCGGAAGCGCGAGCGCGGCUCGGCCAAGGUGCGCGUCAUCGAGCGGUCCGGCUCCGGCGCCGCGGGCGUGCGCCUCGAGGGGAUCAGCGUCGUCUUCAAGAACACGGAGGUCCUCAAGGACGCGACGUGGGGCGUGAACACGGGCGACCGCGUCGGCCUCGUCGGCGCGAACGGCGGCGGCAAGACGACGCAGCUCAAGGUCCUCGCGGGCGAGCUCGAGCCGGCGGGCGGCGACGUCGUCCUGAGCCGCGCGGACGUGAAGAUCGCGUACCUGCGGCAGGAGUUCUCGGAGAGCCUCGACCUCGCGCGGACGCUCCGCGAGGAGCUCGCGUCCGUCUUCGUCGAGGAGGCGGCCGUGCUCGCGGACCUCGACGCCAUGGAGGCCAAACUCGCCGCGGGCGAGGCGGGCGCGCUCGAGGAGUUCGAGCGGCUCUCGGAGCGCGCGGGCGAGCUCGACGCCUACGCCAUCGAGGGCCGCGCGGAGAAGGUCGCGAUCCAGAUGGGCUUCGGCGACGACGACCUCGACGCGCUCGUCGGGUCCUUCAGCGGCGGCUGGAAGAUGCGCGUCGGCCUCGCGAAGGUGCUGCUGGAGAAGCCGGACGUGCUCCUCUUGGACGAGCCGACGAACCACCUGGACCUCGAGUCCGUCGAGUGGCUCGAGGCCUUCCUCCGCGAGCAGACGCUGGCCAUGGUCAUCGUCUCCCACGACCGCGAGUUCUUAGACCAGGUCUGCUCGCGCAUCGUCGACACGGACCAGGGCGUCUGCACGUCCUACGACGGCAACUACUCGAAGUUCCUCAAGGCGAAGCGCGAGCGCCUCAAGCAGUGGGAGGCGGCCUACAAGCGCCAGCAGUCGAAGAUCCAGGAGGACCGCAACUUCAUCAACAAGAACCGCGCGGGCUCGAAGGCGUCGCAGGCCCAGAGCCGGCAGAAGCAGCUCGACAAGCUCCUCGCGUCCCCGGACGUCGUCGCGCGGCCGCCCCAGGACAAGAAGGGGCUGCGCUUCCGCUUCCCCGAGCCGCCGCGCUGCGGCGUCGACAUCCUGUCCUGCGACGACGUCGCGCACGGCUACGGCGACCAACAACUCUUCUCGGGCGUGUCCUUCGAGCUGCGGAAGCGCGACCGCGUCGCCGUGCUCGGCGCGAACGGCGCGGGCAAGAGCACGCUGCUCCGCGUCAUCGCGGACCGCGAGGCGAGCCGCGGCGGCGAGGUGGCGAAAGGGUCCGCGAACGUCAAGGCGCACUACUUCGCGCAGAACCAGGCCGACGCGCUCGACCUCUCGAAGACCGUGAUCCAGACCAUCGAGGACGCGUCGGCUUUGGGUGCCGAGAAGUCCUACAACGAGCUGCGGGCGCUGUUGGGCCAGUUCCUCUUCAAGGGCGACGACGUCCACAAGAAAUUGGAGAGUUUGUCCGGCGGCGAGAAGGCGCGCGUCGCGCUCUGCUGCAUGAUGCUCGUGCCCGCGAACGUGCUCUUCCUCGACGAGCCGACGAACCAUCUGGACAUCCCCGCCAAGGAGAUGCUCGAGGACGCGCUGCGCCACUUCGACGGCACGGUCGUGGUGGUGUCGCACGACCGCUACUUUGUGAGUCAAGUCGCGAACACGAUCUUCACGAUAGAAAACCGCGCCAUGAGCCGCUUCGACGGCGACUACGCCUCCUACAUGGACGCGCGCGACGACCUCCGGGACCGCGUCGAGAACCGCUACGUCGCGGGCGGCGCGAAGAUCGGCAAGGCGCGCUUCGUCGACCUCGACGCGCUCGCCGCGGACGAGAAGAAGAAGAAGAUCGGCGGCAAGCUCCACGGCGGCUCCGGCCGCAAGGACAAGGGCGUCAAGAACGCGAAGCGGAUGGCGUAA